GCGGCUGCCGAGCCCUCGUGUCAGUGCGCCUGUCUGUGUGUGGUUCUGCGAGUCGCGGCGGAGGGACUGGGGGGGAAGGAAGGACGUGCGCGCACCGCACCGUCGAUUUAUUGGAAACUGUAAAAGUUCUCCUUGAUUUUUCACCUCUCCGCACCUAGGAAAGGGACUCCCGUGGAGCUGAUGCGCCAAUCUACGUAUUCUUUGCUUUAAUGCAGACAGAAGGGGCACGCUCAGGACAGGAGUGUGUUUUUGUGGUUAAAAAAGCCAAGUCCCGGCGACGACGGCGGCGGCGGCGGCGGGGGGCGCUCGGAUUCUUCUUGCCGUACUGAGCCGCCCGGUGUUGGUCCGCUGGCUGCGGUGUCGGUUCGCGGCGAUCACUCGGCCGGGUUCCCUGCCAACCGACGCAACAACAACGCGCUCCGGGGAUGUGUGCGCGGCUCUCUUCCUUCUCGGCGCUCUGCACGAGUUAGGUCACCGAACGAAGCGGCGAAGGGAGGUUCGGGACGACGACGAUCAUCAUCGCUGUUUUUCCCACCGGCGGAGGAGCUCCCUGCUGAAGGUAGAUAACCCGGCGGAGGAGCCAGCUGCUCGUCGGCUGGGCGACUCGCACUGACUGAGUGACUAGGCAGCUGCUGAUUUGGGUGGUUUGUUUGUCUGCCUGGGAUCAACCGCUACGGUUUCUUCGACACGAUCGGACGGAUCAGACUGAGAGAGCAGGCGAGAGAGAGGAGCCCCUCGCUCGCUGUCCGGCCGCUCCGCUCCGCUCCGCUCCCCUCAGCUCCUUUGCCACCCCUGUCUGACUCUCAGUGACUGAUCUCCGUUUUGUUCCCACACGACACGAGUCGAGUGUAUUCGCAAGCAGCUGCCGCUGGACCGAAGAAGACGCUUAAAGACUGUUUUACGAAUAAACACAAAGCCUGGCUUGUCCUGCGACUCACUAGAUGUUUUUAUUUAUUUUUCUUUUUUUGCUCCAGGAGGAGAUGAGCGUUGUGUGUUUUACAUCUUGAUUUAUUCCAUCUUCCUUUUUUCCCCACACUGACUGAAGCGGACCGGGGCCCGAUCGGCACCAGAACCCGACACCAGAGGGCUGUGUGUGUGUGUGUGUCCGCGGACCGGGCGCUGUGUCUGCGGGGGGGGGGCAGGCGGGCCGCCGCUCGGGUUCCUCCACUCUCCAUUUCCAGGAGUUCCAGCUAAAGAAAGGACACCUCCAAGAUGUACCCCCAGGGCCGGCAUCCGGCGCCACAUCAGCCUGGUCAGCCGGGCUUUAAAUUCACUGUGGCCGAGUCCUGCGACAGGAUUAAAGACGAAUUUCAGUUUCUGCAAGCCCAGUACCACAGCCUUAAGGUGGAGUACGACAAACUGGCCAAUGAGAAGACAGAAAUGCAGCGUCACUAUGUUAUGUAUUACGAGAUGUCUUAUGGCCUCAACAUUGAAAUGCACAAACAGACCGAGAUUGCUAAACGGCUCAAUGCAAUUCUUGCUCAAAUUAUGCCUUUUCUGUCACAAGAGCACCAACAGCAGGUAGCGCAGGCUGUUGAACGUGCCAAGCAGGUGACAAUGACCGAGCUGAAUGCCAUCAUCGGGGUACGUGGACUUCCCAAUCUGCCCCUCACCCAGCAGCAGCUCCAGGCACAGCACCUCUCCCACGCAGCCCAUGGACCCCCUGUUCAGCUGCCUCCCCACACCUCAGGGCUACAACCUCCCGGCAUCCCACCUGUGCCAGGCUCAGGCUCCGGCCUACUGGCCCUGGGGGCCUUGGGUAGCCAGGCCCACUUACCUGUAAAAGACGAGAAAAAUCAUCACGACCUGGAGCACAGAGGCCAAUCAUCUUUUCACUCACCUGUGGCAAUUCCUUUGAUUAAAGAACGGGAGUCCAGCACGAACAACUCCGUUUCGCCAUCAGAUAGCCUACGCGCUGCCAGCGAGAAGCACCGGGGAUCCUCCGAGUACAGUGUGGAUUCCAAGAAGCGCAAGGUGGAGGAAAAGGAUAGCAUGAGCAGAUAUGACAGUGAUGGAGACAAAAGUGAUGAUUUGGUAGUGGAUGUGUCCAAUGAGGAUCCUGCCACUCCCCGGGUCAGUCCUGCACACUCUCCGCCUGAGAAUGGUCUGGACAAAUCACGUGUAAUGAAGAAGGAUGCACCUAACAGCCCUGCUUCUGUGGCAUCCUCUGGCAGCACACCAUCAUCCAAAACCAAAGACCAUGUCCAUAAUGACAAGUCUUCCACACCUGGUCUGAAGUCCAAUACUCCCACCCCUCGCAAUGAUGCCCCCACCCCGGGUACGAGCACCACUCCAGGUCUCCGACCAAUUCUAGGGAAGCCACCCGGCAUGGAGGCAUUAGCAGCCCCUGCCUUGAGGACCCCCCUGUCUAUUGCAGGGUCAUAUGGAACCCCAUUUGCCAUGAUGGGACACCAUGAGAUGAAUGGCUCCCUCACUAGCCCAGGGGUUUAUGCCGGCCUGCACAUCUCCCCCCAAAUGAGUGCUGCUGCAGCAGCUGCGUAUGGCCGCACGCCCAUGGUUGGGUUCGACCCUCACCCUCACAUGAGAGCUCCUGGCCUCCCUGCCAGCCUCACAUCCAUCUCUGGAGGAAAACCAGCAUAUUCAUUCCAUGUCAGUGCGGAUGGGCAGAUGCAACCUGUGCCUUUCCCACCUGAUGCCCUGAUUGGGCCUGGCAUCCCACGGCAUGCCCGCCAGAUCAACACACUGAGCCAUGGUGAGGUGGUUUGUGCCGUCACCAUCAGCAACCCCACCCGGCACGUCUACACUGGAGGAAAGGGCUGCGUCAAGAUCUGGGACAUUAGCCAGUCAGGCAGCAAGAGCCCUGUCUCCCAGCUGGACUGCUUGAACAGGGACAACUACAUCCGCUCGUGCAAGCUGCUGCCGGACGGACGUACACUGAUUGUGGGUGGGGAGGCCAGCACCCUGACCAUCUGGGACCUGGCUUCUCAGACACCUCGCAUCAAGGCAGAGCUCACUUCCUCUGCGCCUGCCUGCUAUGCUUUGGCAAUCAGCCCUGAUGCCAAGGUGUGCUUCUCCUGCUGCAGUGAUGGCAACAUUGCCGUGUGGGAUCUCCAUAAUCAGACCCUUGUGAGGCAAUUCCAAGGCCACACAGAUGGUGCUAGCUGUAUCGACAUCUCGCACGAUGGCACCAAACUGUGGACAGGUGGUCUGGAUAACACAGUGCGCUCCUGGGACCUGAGAGAGGGGCGACAGCUACAGCAGCAUGACUUUACCUCCCAGAUCUUCUCUCUGGGUUACUGUCCAACGGGAGAGUGGUUGGCAGUUGGUAUGGAGAGCAGCAAUGUGGAGGUUCUUCAUCAUACCAAGCCUGACAAGUACCAGCUUCACCUGCAUGAGAGCUGUGUACUUUCUCUCAAGUUUGCCUACUGUGGCAAAUGGUUUGUUAGCACUGGGAAGGACAAUUUGCUGAAUGCCUGGAGGACUCCGUACGGUGCCAGCAUAUUCCAGUCCAAGGAGUCCUCAUCAGUCUUGAGCUGUGACAUCUCGGCUGACGACAAGUACAUUGUCACGGGCUCUGGUGACAAGAAGGCCACAGUGUAUGAAGUGAUCUACUAAGUGUUCUUGUGGGAGGCUGUGGAUUGGGGCACCCAGGAUCCUGGUUUCAGUGGCUCUCCCUUUGAGUCAUGGAGAUGAGGAUGGACUGCAAGUGGCAGUGCUGUGCGUGGUGCUGUUGGGACUUUCUAGGCCGGGAUCCAGUCAUCCGAUUUUUAUAGUUGCUCAGCACAGAUCCUACAAUACUAGAGAAAAUAUUGUCCUCCCCCUCCUCUAAUUCGCUUGCUUGGAUUGGGUUUUUCUUUUUUUGUUUUUUAACACAACGAACAUUCUAUAAUGCUACUUGAAGUGGCUUUUUUUAAACUGUGCUCCCUGGAAGUCUUGUGAAAAGUGUAAAUAGCGGAGUUAU